AUGGUUGUUUUUAUAGGCCCGAUUUGCUGCCCAUCCAGAGAAAAUCUAUUGACUUUGGGGCCUUUGAAGAAAGCAAAUGUGCCGAUAUUCUUCAUUGUCGGUGGCCCAGGCUCCGGAAAAGGAACACAAUGCGAGAAGAUCGUGGCCAGGUAUGGCUUAUCUCACCUAUCGUCUGGAGAUCUUCUAAGGGAUGAGGUCAAAUCAGGCUCACCAAGAGGAGCACAGCUCAACAAAAUCAUGGAAGCAGGAGAAUUGGUUCCUCUCGAGAUUGUUUUGGACCUGAUCAAAGAGGCAAUGCUAAAAGAAGUUGCCAAAGGUUCCAAAGGGUUUCUUAUUGAUGGCUAUCCUCGAGAGGUGAAACAAGGCGAGCAGUUCGAACGUGAGAUUCAAGAGGCAAAGUCAGUCAUAUAUUUCGAUGUUGCUGAAGAUAUUCUGGUACAACGACUUCUUCAUCGAGCUAAGACUAGUGGUCGUGCUGAUGACAAUAUGGAAACUAUUAAGAAGCGUCUGAAGACUUUCACCAAAUGCUACCGCUCCAGUUGUUAG